AGUAAUAUAAAUAGACUAAUUUUUUGUGUAAAAGUUCCAAAGUCUAACAUUUUUUUUACUGCAAAUGUUAUUUCGUUUCAGAAUAUAUCAUUUACAACAGUUUCAUCUUCACAGAAUGACAUAAAAGGGAUAGGUGAAUCUGUAAAUAGAGUUGCAGAUGCAGACUCACGUGCAUCAUAUUUAUUGCAGAGCUACUCUAAUGGAAUAAACAAAGUAAUCUCUAAUGUGAUAGAAACAACUACAAUUGAUAUUCCAUCUGACAGUAAUAAAGAAAUUAGAGAGAUUAACUGUAAUUCAUCAACGACAGAUGUAGAGUAUGCUUCAUCAUCAGAGAGGGACUCAAAGUCUACGUCAUCAUUAGAAGAAAAUUCUUUGGCCAAUGAUACCUCAACAGAUCCUAUUGAUCACAUCAGUGUGGAGACAGAAAAGAAGAAACUGUCAGAGAAAUUGUGCGACUGCACAAACACCACAGUUGGUGAUGUUAUUUUCAUGUGCCUUGUGUUAGGAGUGAGGCAUAAUUUGUCAUGGGAGGCACAACUUGAUAUUCUGCGAAUGGUCAACUCAAUUUACGGCAAGAAGGAUCUUCCAGAAACAAAAUACAAGUACUUUCAGCACAUAGAAAAAGAAAAGAAGAGCAUAUCUUAUCACAUCUAUUGCCCAACAUGUGAGGUGUACUUAGGGGAAAAAAGUUAUUUGCCAGAAUGUGUGCAAUGUUCUUAUUGUGCUAGUAAUGUAGAUGAAUCUAAGCCGUUAAACUUUUUCUUGUCCAUAUCAUUAGAAUCGCAAUUAAAAAAAUUAGUAAGUGAUUCACGUAUAGCAUCUUUAUUGCUAAAUUACAGAUUUAAUCGCAAGAAAGAGCAUUCUGAUGCUUUUGAGGAGCAGUACAAAAAGCAUUGUAUUCCUGGAGGAAUACUCUCUUCUCCUCUCAAUUUUUCAUUUUCAUUUUUUACGGACGGUGUACAAACUGGGAAGUCGACCGGUAAAUCAUUGUGGCCUAUUUAUGUAACGAUCAAUGAAUUCCCAUUUAAAGACCAUAGCAGAUAUAUGCUUCUUGCUGGGCUGUAUGUUGGAUCUAAAGAUCCUAAUCAAAUGGUUUUUUUACAACCUUUUGUUAAAGAAGCAAACAAACUCUCCUCCGAGAGUUUCUUUUGGAAUCACGAGAGAAAAUAGGUAAUCAGUAAGGUCAUCCCUUUAUGUGCGGUAACUGAUUCUGUUGCACGGUGGCAGCUUCUCAACAUGCAGUCUUUCCAUGCAUUUUAUGGUUGCACAUUCUGUUAUGAGAAGCAGGAGAAAACAGGCCCAAGAUCGAGGUGUUUUAAUGUCCUCUCUGAAAGGGCAGAUGACAGAACGGCAGAAUCCACUUAUCAGGAUGCAAGUAGAGCUCAUGAAAGGAGAAAUGAAACACGUAUAGACAAGCGGCAUUACAAAGGUGUCAAGGGCCCAUCUAUUUUGAUGAAUCUUCUCUAUUUUGAUUUGAUUUGCGGUUUUGUCGUAGAUUACAUGUAUGCCAUCCUGUUAGGUGUAAUAAAAUCUCAUAUAGAAUAUUUGUUUGAUUCUACUAAAAAGAAAUGUUGGAUAGGUAUGACAGACGGUACAGCUUUAAAGAAUUUGACAGACACAAUAGAUGGCCGUCUUCUCAGCAUACAACCUCCAACAGGAAUAACUAGAAGUCCUCGUUCAAUCGAACAUUGUGGUAAGUGGAAAGCGUCAGAAUGGAGGUCGUGGCUUUUGUUUUAUUGCAUACCAUGUUUGCAAGGUCUUCUUAAAGACAAAUACUUGGCCCAUUUCGCUAUGCUCUCCCAAGCAACUAAUACUCUCCUUCAACAUUCUGUAUCUCGCACUGAAAUUGAGGAAGCGCACAACCUGUUCCUUCGGUAUUGCUAUUACUUUCAAAAAUAUUUUAAACCUAAACACACAAUCUACAACCUUCAUCUUCUUACUCACGUGUGCAAAUGUGUUAUUAACUGGGGUCCCUUGUGGAUACACAAUGCAUUUUGCUAUGAAGGACAAAAUAGACAUUUAUUACAAUUAUAUCAGAGUCCGUUUCAAGUUACUUCACAGAUAGCUCGUAAGUUUCUUAUGUUCAAUUCACUAUAUACUCUAUGUGAGGAUAUUGUGUCAUCUAAAAGUACUAUUGAUUUCUCAGAAAGAAUUUUGAAUAAGAAGCUUAGAUAUUUUGUGCGUUCUGAUGGAGCACUUCUCCUAGGAAAGGGACAGCAUGUUUCGAUUUUGUGUGAAGAAGAGCAACAGUGCUUUCUUUGUUUUGAUGCUAAUUUUGAUGCUAAGAAUUUAAUUUUUUUAAAUAGAUUAUUAUAUAAUGGAAUUAGGUACACCUCCUCUCAAUAUGUUGAUAAGAAGAAGAACAACGAUUCUUAUGCUAUCCUAAGAGAUGGGAAAAUUGUACAAAUAAAAUACAUUGCCAUGUCGCCGUUGGGUGAAAUUUUACUUCUUGUGCAAACAAUUAAAUGCUUUAAGCGUUUAUUGGUUUAAAACGAUUACGUGGCUCUAAAACAUAUCCUCAAAAUGAAAAGAAUUGGGAAAAUGUUAUGCAUCAAACUGUCACUCAUCAAACAACCCUGUAUUGUGAUGAAUUUACCCACUAAUACCUAUCUGUGUGGUCUGCCUUUUGGCUGUCAUGGAGAUUGAAAAUAAAACUUUAAUUGAUGCGUAUUUUGCAAUAUAUAAGUUUUACACUUUAUUUGGCAAAUAAAGUAUUGUAUUUAAUUUUAGAAU